AUGCCUCCUCCUAUGGCAACUGGGGGAAAGUCUUCGGAAUUUCUCUCAAAUAACUUUGACGAACUAGAUAACGCCUUUUUCGAUGAAUUUAUUACUUUCAGUCCAUCUAAUGAUGGCCUUGCAGAACAAUCGGAUAGCAAAGAUCAAUCUUCAGAGACAUUACUAGGAUCUCUACACAAUGCCGAUGCACAGGAGAUUGAAGAUAAUUGGCAAGGGGAUCCAUGGGUUUUUGCCCAAGACUCAGCCUCACCAGACGGCACACACGACAAUCUUUUCUAUGCCGAACUUUCUGGCAGAGCCGCAAUAUCUGACUCGGAUCUGCUCAGCCUCGAGGGUAUAUCAUUACAGACACCUCACAUAGAAGCAUGGUCUCACCCUUCUCUUCCGUCAUCACCAUUACCAACAGCUUCAACGAGAAAAAAGAGUCGUGUUCAAGCACUUGCCAACACAUUGAAAAAAGCGAGCACAAAAACAGAAAAGUCUCUACGAAGUCCUAUUCGAAAAUCGAGUACAACAUCUUCCACCAUGCAACGAGGCUCUUCAAGUCAUGGAAAAAUGAACCGCGAAACAUUGAGACGAAAGCUGGCUUUGGAUUCUUCGAAAUUUGGAUUCAAUCCUCAGCAUCAAUUACCAAUGUCGCCUCCACAAUCAGCUAGAAUAUCUAAUGCAUCAGAACAUACCUCGGCGAUGAAGAAGGCACAAAAAAUGGAUAUCAUGGAUGAUUUAUGGACUGGCAUGCCACAAGACCUACACUUCCCAUCAGCACCUGCUGACUAUAAUACACCACUAUCAACACCAAAUCUAGACAACAAACGAACACCAGAAAUGCGUUUUCGUCAAUCAUCAUCAAAUGGAUCAAUGUAUCCAAUGACGCCAAAAUCUCAACAAGUGUCAGCCUCAUGGUCACAACUACCAGGAUCAUCAAAUUACAGCUCAAUUGGAGCCCCGUCAGAAUACCCACUUGAGGUAGAAGCUGACGGGCAUUCUUUAUGGUGGAAUCACGCGGCAACAACGCCAACGGCUCAGCCUUCACCGACUACCCUUCACCGAAAUCCACAAAGGGCAACAAAAAGCCUUGCUUUCCAUUUACAAAAUGAACUUCCAUACACAACCAGCGAUAUGAAUAUGGCACAAGGGUUGAUGAUCUCAAUGCCUGAACACACGCCCCAACAAUCCUUCGUAGUAGAAUCACCAAACAUGCUUCAAGGUUAUUUUAAUGCGGGUGCAAAUGGAAGUGGACCACCACAACAUUCACCAUAUCAUACUGCAGCUCAUCGAACACACUCGCAUUCGCACUAUGCACAUCACCCAUCUUCUUCAUCACGAAAACCUCAUUAUUCUAAUCCCAGACCAAGAAAAACUCGUACGGGAUCAAGUGGAUCAGAAUCGCCAUCACCAAAGUCCUCAACUACUUUUCACGUCCGAAAACAGCGUAAAUCGAAGAAUAGAAAUACAUCACCCAGAACCCCUACAUCUGGACGAGUAAUGGUUGAUUUCGUCAACUAUACACCAGAUGAUAGUCGGAAGAUAUUGACCGGAGUUGCUCCAAGUGGAUCGAGCAAGACAAAAGCAAGGAGAGAGAAGGAAGCAAUGGAGAAGAGGAGAAAAUUAUCGCAGGCUGCUCUGAAAGCUAUUCGAGCAGCUGGUGGAGAUGUUGGAAGUUUAGUUGAAGAGGGUUUGUUUGUUUAA